CCUAUCUUUUAUAAACACAGUGAUAUGUAAACACAUAGUUAUCAGUGAUUUCCGGAAAGUGCACAUGCCCUGAGUUGAGAACUGAUAUGACGGAGGAGGACCUCUUCUGCGACUGUUCCUGCUGUGUUUGGCCCCACAGACAGGGACCGGAAGAACUUCAUGGGACCGAGACAGAGCCACGGAGUGAAGAGAUGCGGCCUCUUCUACGGAAUAGACACAGUGCCACAAAUGAUUAUUUACCUCGAAAAGAUUUUGAGAGUUUAGACUAUGACCGAUGUUUCAACAAACCAUACGAGGAGUACUUAAGAAACUCUGAAGAGAAUAAAUCAUCUACCAAAAUAGAGGUCAUAAAAUGGAUUGUGACCUUCAUGAUAGGAUUUUUAACUGGAAUGGUUGCUCUCUUCAUAGACUUGAUCGUCAAUCUUCUGUCAUCUGUCAAAUUCAGUGUCGUUGACGACUCUAUAUCUCAGUGUUCUAAGGAUGGCUGUCUCGUGCUGUCUCUUCUGUAUCUGCUUUUGUUCAACGUUGGUUUUACCAUUAUUGCUUCUUUUCUAGUCGUCACAGAGCCCGUGGCAGGAGGUUCGGGGAUUCCCGAGAUAAAAUGUUACCUGAAUGGGGUCAAGAUUCCCCGUGUUGGACGUCUUAUGACUCUCGUCUCCAAAGCCGUGGGGGUUCUCUUCAGUGUGGCGGGAGGGUUAUUUGUUGGAAAGGAAGGUCCCAUGAUACACAGCGGUGCUAUUAUUGGAGCAGGUGUCCCUCAGUUUCAAAGCAUUGCGUUACGGAAGAUCAACAUAAAGAAAUACAGCUUUUUCAGAUCGGACCGUGACAAGAGGGACUUCGUAUCCAGUGGAGCCGCAGCAGGUGUCGCAGCUGCGUUUGGCGCACCUAUUGGUGGGGUCCUGUUCAGUCUGGAAGAGGGAUGUUCCUUUUGGAAUCAGAAACUGACCUGGCGAUCUUUCUUUUGCUCCAUGGCAGCGACAUACAGUCUGAACUUUUUCCUCUCUGGAGUCAACACAGGGAACUGGGGAUACUUUUAUCUUCCAGGGCUUAUCAAUUUUGGGGUGUUUAAGUGUGCCAAUGAGAGUGGAAUUGGUUGUCACCUUUGGAAUGCCGUCGAUCUGAUAGUCUUUAUUUUCAUGGGGCUUCUGGGUGGUGUAUUUGGUGCCUUGUUUAACACUAUCAAUCUGCUCCUCACACAACACAGAAUGAAACAUGUACAAAAGAAACACAAGUUUAUCAGGAUACUGGAGGCAAUUCUGGUUGCUGCGCUCACUUCCACUGUGUCUUUCUCGGCCGCCAUGCUUCUAGGAGAAUGCAGAGUCAUGUCAUCUAGUCAGCAGGAAAAUGGUACAACACCACUGAUUGACGAAUCUGUCAGAACGUACUUUUGUCCUGACGGCCAGUAUAACGACAUGGCCACUCUCUUCUUUAAUUCACAAGAAGAAGCAAUCAAACAACUGUUUCAUCAAGAAGGUAAAUUCAGCCUGGCUACCCUUGGUCUGUUUUUCGUCUUCUUUUUCAUCCUCUCCUGUUGGACGUACGGUGUUCACGUCCCAAGCGGCCUGUUUGUCCCCUCCCUGCUUUGUGGAGCUGCUUAUGGACGAUUUGUUGCCACAGUGCUCGUUAAAAUCGGGUAUGCAAAUCAUGAAAACUCCGGUACAUUUGCAUUAAUUGGUGCCGCGGCAUUUCUUGGUGGCGUUGUACGGAUGACCAUCAGCCUCACCGUGAUUCUGAUAGAAUCUACCAAUGAAAUCAGCUAUGGACUUCCUUUGAUGCUUGUAUUAAUGGUUGCCAAAUGGAGCGGUGAUUACUUUAAUGAGGGAUUAUAUGACAUCCAUAUCAAAUUAAAAGGAGUUCCCCUCUUAGAAUGGGAAGUCCAUCACGGAACAGAGAGGCUGAAAGCACACGAUGUCAUGGACGAAUCUUUAAGUUAUGUAUUCACAGUUUCACGUGUUUCGUCUCUCAUACGCAUGCUACGCACAACAGCACACAACGCAUUUCCGGUUGUCUCCAGGGUCGAAAGAAUCAGCAUCAAUGAAGAACACGCAGGUUCGACUGAAGACACUAAUGAAGAUGUUCAAGAAAGUGAAGACGGGAUACUCACUGCGCAAAAAUGGCGUUUCAAAGGAUUAAUUAUGAGACAUACCCUAGUCACUUUACUUGACAGGGACGUUUACUUUCAAGAGCAAAAUGGGAAUACAUCACAACCUAAAAUCCCGUAUGAAGAUUUAACGAAGGAUUACCCGCGCUAUCCAGAUAUACAUGAUGUCACCAAGCUGUCCUCCGCCCCGGAAGACGCGCUCAUGGACAUAAGUGGAUACAUGAACCCCUGUCCGUAUACAGUAUUCCCAAACACGCCCGUGCCUCAAGUAUUUAACCUGUUUCGGAGUAUGGGCUUGAGACAUUUACCAGUUGUGGACCACAUGGGAUUGCUGUGUGGAAUAAUUACACGACACAACCUUACUCAUGAAUACUUAGAAAUGAGCAAAGAACAUAAUGAAGAAUCAAGAUGAGAGAGAAGAACCUUGCAGUAUACCUAAAGGAGUGGCGUCCUUAUACUGGACAGAGCCGUACUUUAUAUAAAUUGUAAUACACAGAAUACGCUCAUAUAUCUAAAUAUAAAAGCAUGAAAUGUGCAUUGUAUUUACAUAUUUUCUAGCAUAAAUACUUGUCAAGUUUUUUUUUUUUUACAAUAAGGUAGCUCAAAGUGUAAAAUGUUUCAUUGUUUUAAUCAUGAAAUCAGUAACAAGAUUAUGCAGCAAAACAAAUGCUUGUUUCGGUGUUUUCUUUAAACGGUCAACAAAUGAAACAAUGAAUAUUCAUUUGUAUAUAAUAUGUAUAAGAAAUGAUAGAUAAUAUGAAAAGGAAAAUAACUUGGUAAAUAAAAUGCAAAAUAGUGAAAAGAAAAAACUCCAUCUGUUAAGAUUGUUAAGGGUUGUCCUUAUCAUCGUUAUUCUAUUCUACGCACUUAAUUUCAUUUUGAGUCUUUCGGAUAAGACCUUAAAUCCGAGACCCUGUGUCGUGUUGACACUAUAAAGAACCCUCACUACAUGGCUACUUAAUCACCUACAUCUGGUGACGUCUCAGUAUGGGUGUACUUAAUCACCUACAUCUGGUGACGUCACAGUAUGAUCGAGACCUUCUCGAAGGGACGUAAAACAAAUGGACAAAGCAUUUCACUUUGUUUUAAAUGUGUUAACGUAUGUUAGUAAUGGGGUGUCAUUUUGAUACUUUUAUUUUCUUGAUAUCAAAAUUUCUGAUAUUGGGAUAUUUUCUUUAAUAUCAAGUAAUAUUUUAAUGCCGUUUAAAUUACGUCACGCAAUUUGUAAACAAACUUUGCAACCGUCAUAGCUAGUCAUGUCUCGAAGAAAUUUAGCCACCCUCCAUCCCCAUCCUUCUCUGGCCAUACAACUUCGAGGUUAACUAUUGGCAUUUUAUGAUAUUUUCUUUUUCAUUUUAUAAUUUUUAUGCCAAUAUAUGUGUCGAUUCAUGUGCAAUUGUAUAAAACAAAAAUGUAAGGUUCAAUAUUGUGGCGGAUUUAUUAUUACUACAUUGUUUUUCGUGUAAUAAAAAGGAUGUUAGAUUAUUUUAGCAAGCAACUAUGUAAACAUAUAUUUAUUGAUAGUGUCAGGGGAGACCACUCAUUUUUCAGAUUGAUGACUUUUGUCAUUAAGUUAGUACAUGGUGAUCUGCCCUUUAAAAUUAUACACAAUAUAUAUUUAUUGUCAUUUAGUAAAUGACUUUAUCACAUAAA